AUGCCUUCAAUCCAGAUCUUUGUCUUUUUGCUAGCUGUAGCUGACUUGGGUUUUGGUGGACUCAUCUCCAAUGGCUUUAUAGCUACAGUGACUAUCAGGGAAUGGACCAAACACAGAAGACUUGCUUCCAGUGAACAGCUCUUUCUGAGUCUGGCUCUGUCCAAUAUUUGCAGCACCAUUUUAACAAUUCUAUAUUUCUGGGUAAAGAUAUUUCCUACGGAAUUCCAAAGCAACACAACAGGAAAUGUUACAAGCUACACUCAAGUAAAGUUUAAAGACUAUCUGGGCUUUUUUCGUCUUUUAUUUUUAAUUAUUGGUUCCAGCAGUCCCCUUAUUGUGGUUUUAUUUUGCUCCAUCAUGGUUAUUGCUUCACUCUCUAGGCAUGUCUGUCGGAUGGCAAGUACCACGUCCAGUUUUAAGGAUCUCCAAACAGAAGCUCAUAUUAAAGCAGUUUGGAUAGUGCUCUUCCUUUUAUUCCUUUAUGUUUCCUAUUUUAUGGCACAUACCUGGUCUAUAGUUGUAGAAAUGGCGACUAUGGAAAUGACUUUUGCUUCAUUUGUGCUGAUAACGUAUUCCCCUGCUCAAGCUGCUGUACUGAUUUUCACUAACCCAAAACUGAGGGAGGCAUUUAAUCAGCUGCUUCAAAGAAAAAGGUCUCUUGAAGGUUGAGAUAAAUGUGCAUUUUGAAAAAUAAUGAGAUUGUUUGACAUGCUUGAUUUAAAAAAACCCCAAAAUAAUUGGCAGAGGAACUGGAACAGAUCUGGAACAGAUAUGGUAAAGGGAGAUUACACCUUUCAUAUUCCAACAGUCCUGAUUGAAACCAGCUGUUUUGCACCCAUUAUUAAUGGGGAUGGGAUGGAGAAGAGGAAAUGCAUAAAGAAGCUUCACUGCUUGUGUUUGUGUGUGUGAAUCCAAGUAGCUUAAUGACAGGAGAAAUAAAAUCUCUUCCCUCAUGCCAUGUACCUUUCUAGUUAGUUAGAACCUAACCUAUGCUGGAUAUUUAGUUCUCUUUUAAGGUAUGGCAGGGCAAACUCCAUGACAAAGAACACACUUGUUUUGGCUCACAAUCAGUCAUCCAUCUCAAAGAGAAUAUUCUUCAUGUGGCACUAACUGACACAUCCACCACCUACUGCAGAACUGAUUACUGGAUUUCUGACUCCCACUACUGACCUGAAAAUGGCAAUGUAUAAUCCAAAGAAAUGUAGUCUCUAAAUUGAUGCACAGGAGGCAAAGAAUACUGGAAAUCAGAUUGUGAUCAAACUCUAUCUGAUGGCAAUUCAUAACCUCAGGUUUUGGAUCACAGAGUUGUGACAUCUAAAAUGGCAUUGAAACAGAUA